GCAGUCCACGCACCGCUCUUCACACAGAGGAAUAAGAUAAAAUAGCUUCCUCCCCCUCACGUUGCUACUUAAAACCAGGGAUGGGGAAAAAAUAAUCCCUCAGCCCCUGCCCUGCUCGUGGUGAUAAGAGCAAUGCAAUCCUCUUCUUAAAGGAGGCAGCCAAGGCAAUUACGUUAUUUAAUGAACAGCCAUUUCAGGGCUCUCUGCAUUGUGGAUGCCUUCUCGGUCCUUUUGCACCAAAUCCGCUGCAGCAGCAAGGCCAGAGAGUUUGCCUCGACUCCCCUCACCACCAAAAUAAAUGCACAGGGCAGGAUUGUUCCACUGAGCAGCCGUGACUGGGGAGAGAGAAGAAAGGAGAUGGUACGUGCCGACAGCUCUGAACUGGUUGCGGUGAGGAUUGCUAUGUAUGAGAGAGUUCAGGGGGGAAAGAGGAGGAAGUCACAGAGGCAGCCAGAGCUCGCAGGAUGGCAAGAGCCAAGCUGAAGAAUUCCCCCUCUGAGAGCAAUUCCCAUGUAAAAACUGUCCCACCAGCGACGACAGAAGAUGUCCAUGGGGUGAGCCCCUUGUUGCCGGCUCGAAGGAUGGGAUCCAUGGGGAGUGAUGUCGGACAAAGGCCUCACGCCGAGGACUUCAGCGUGGAUUCCUCCUUCUCACAGGUGCAGGUCGAGUUCUAUGUGAAUGAAAACACCUUCAAGGAGCGGCUGAAGCUCUUCUUCAUCAAAAACCAGCGAUCCAGUCUGAGGAUCCGGCUCUUCAACUUCUCCCUGAAGCUGCUCACCUGCCUCCUGUACAUUGUCCGUGUCCUGCUCGACAACCCGGAGGAGGGCAUAGGCUGCUGGGAAUGUGAAAAACAGAAUUACACCGCGUUCAACCAGUCCACGAAGAUAAACUGGUCACACAUCUUCUGGGUGGACAGGAAAACGCCGCUGUGGGCUGUGCAGGUCAGCAUAGCUUUAAUCAGCUUUCUGGAGACCAUGCUGCUCAUCUAUCUCAGCUACAAGGGGAACAUCUGGGAACAGAUUUUCCGCAUUUCAUUCAUCCUGGAGAUGAUCAACACGGUGCCAUUUAUUAUCACGAUAUUCUGGCCUCCUUUGCGAAAUUUGUUUAUUCCCGUGUUUCUGAACUGCUGGCUUGCCAAAUACGCCCUGGAGAACAUGAUUAACGACCUACACCGAGCCAUACAAAGGACCCAGUCUGCGAUGUUUAACCAAGUGCUCAUUCUGAUCUGCACCCUCCUGUGUCUUGUUUUCACGGGGACCUGUGGCAUCCAGCAUUUAGAAAGAGCAGGUGAGAAGCUCUCCCUCUUCAAGUCCUUCUAUUUCUGCAUCGUCACCUUUUCCACUGUGGGCUACGGAGACGUGACACCAAAGAUCUGGCCUUCCCAGCUCCUCGUCGUCAUCAUGAUCUGCGUCGCCCUCGUCGUGCUGCCGCUCCAGUUCGAGGAGCUCGUCUACCUGUGGAUGGAGCGGCAGAAGUCGGGAGGCAAUUACAGCCGUCACCGCGCCCAGACGGAGAAGCACGUCGUCCUCUGCGUCAGCUCCCUCAAGAUCGAUCUCCUCAUGGACUUCCUCAAUGAGUUUUAUGCGCACCCACGUCUGCAGGACUACUACGUGGUGAUACUUUGCCCAACAGAGAUGGACAUCCAGGUGCGGCGGGUCCUGCAGAUCCCCCUGUGGUCACAGCGAGUGAUCUACCUCCAGGGCUCUGCGCUGAAGGACCAGGACCUCAUGAGAGCCAAGAUGGACAAUGGAGAAGCCUGUUUCAUCCUCAGCAGCCGGAACGAGGUGGACCGCACGGCGGCGGAUCACCAGACCAUCCUGAGGGCCUGGGCUGUGAAGGAUUUUGCUCCGAACUGUCCCCUCUAUGUUCAGAUUCUAAAGCCUGAAAACAAGUUCCACGUCAAGUUUGCAGAUCACGUCGUCUGUGAAGAGGAGUGCAAAUACGCCAUGCUGGCGCUGAACUGCGUCUGCCCCGCCACCUCCACCCUCAUCACCCUCCUGGUGCACACCUCCCGCGGCCAGGAGGGCCAGGAGUCCCCGGAGCAGUGGCAGCGGAUGUACGGGCGCUGCUCGGGCAAUGAGGUCUACCACAUCCGGAUGGGCGACAGCAAGUUCUUCAUGGAGUACGAAGGGAAGAGUUUCACCUACGCCGCCUUCCACGCGCACAAGAAGUACGGGGUCUGCCUGAUCGGCGUCCGGAGGGAGGAGAACAAGAGCAUCCUGCUGAACCCCGGCCCGCGGCACAUCAUGGCAGCGUCCGACACCUGCUUCUACAUCAACAUCACCAAGGAGGAGAACUCUGCCUUCAUCUUCAAGCAGGAGGAGAAGCAGAAGAAGAAGGGCUUUGCUGGGAGAGGUACCUAUGACGGUCCAUCCCGCCUGCCUGUGCACAGCAUCAUCGCCAGCAUGGGUACAGUGGCCAUGGACCUGCAGAACACCGAGUGCCGCCCCGCUAACAGCAGCAAGCUGGCGCUGCCGGCGGAGAACGGCUCCGGCAACCGGCGGCCCAGCAUCGCGCCCGUCCUCGAGCUGGCCGACACCUCCUCCCUGCUGCCCUGCGACCUGCUCAGCGACCAGUCGGAGGAUGAGAUGACGCAGUCGGACGAGGAGGGCUCGGCGGUCGUGGAGUACGUGAAAGGCUACCCCCCGAACUCCCCCUACAUCGGGAGCUCCCCUACUCUGUGCCACCUUUUACCGGAGAAGGCCCCAUUCUGCUGCCUGAGGCUGGACAAGGGCUGCAAGCACAACAGCUUUGAAGAUGCCAAAGCCUACGGGUUUAAGAACAAACUGAUUAUCGUUUCGGCAGAGACGGCUGGGAACGGGCUCUAUAACUUCAUUGUCCCCCUUCGUGCGUACUAUCGGUCCCGCAAAGAGCUGAACCCAAUUGUGUUGCUGCUGGACAACAAGCCUGAGCACCACUUUCUGGAAGCCAUCUGUUGUUUCCCCAUGGUUUACUACAUGGAGGGCACGAUCGACAACCUGGACAGCUUGCUGCAGUGCGGCAUCAUCUACGCCGACAACCUGGUUGUUGUGGACAAGGAGAGCACGAUGAGCGCCGAGGAGGACUACAUGGCAGAUGCGAAGACCAUUGUCAAUGUCCAGACCAUGUUCAGGCUCUUCCCCAGCCUCAGCAUUAUCACGGAGCUGACCCACCCCUCCAACAUGAGGUUCAUGCAGUUCAGAGCGAAGGACAGUUACUCUCUUGCCCUUUCCAAGCUAGAGAAGAAAGAGCGAGAGAAUGGCUCCAACCUGGCCUUCAUGUUCCGGCUGCCCUUUGCAGCCGGGAGGGUCUUCAGCAUCAGCAUGCUGGACACGCUGCUCUACCAGUCGUUCGUGAAGGACUACAUGAUCACCAUCACUCGGCUGCUGCUGGGCCUCGACACCACGCCAGGCUCCGGCUACCUGUGUGCGAUGAAGAUCACUGAAGAUGACCUGUGGAUCCGGACCUACGGCCGCCUCUUCCAGAAGCUCUGCUCCUCCAGCGCUGAGAUUCCAAUUGGGAUUUACAGGACGGAGUCACACAUGUUUGCAACCUCUGAGCCCCACGACAUCAGGACGCAGUCACAGAUCUCAAUCAAUGUGGAGGACUGCGAGGACACAAAGGACGUCAAGGAGCACUGGGGCAUCAAGACCGGGCACCACCGGAACUCGUGCUCCAGCGACCAGUCGGAGCACCCGCUGCUGCGGCGCAAGAGCAUGCAGUGGGCCCGGCGGCUGAGCAGGAAGGGCAACAAGCACUCCAGCAAGACGGCCGAGUGGAUCAGCCAGCAGCGCCUCAGCCUGUACCGGCGCUCCGAGCGCCAGGAGCUCUCCGAGCUCGUCAAAAACCGCAUGAAGCACCUGGGCUUGCCCACAACCGGGUACGAGGAUGUAGCAAAUUUAACAGCCAGUGAUGUGAUGAAUCGGGUAAACCUGGGAUAUUUGCAAGAUGAGAUGAACGACCACCAGAACACGCUGUCCUACGUCCUCAUCAAUCCCCCUCCAGACACGCGGCUGGAGCUCAACGACAUCGUGUACCUGAUCCGCUCUGACCCCCUGGCCCACGUGGCCAACGACGGCCACAGCCGCAAGAGCAGCUACAGCAACAAAGUGGGGCCCUGCAACCCCGAAACGCGCGACGAGACCCAGCUCUGAGCGGCCCCUGCCCGGGACAGGGUGAGGAUGAGGACGGCGGCCGAGGGGAAGGCGGCUGCUGCUGCUGCUGCCCAUGGGUGCCCCGGGGGACGGUGAUGCCCAGCCUGGCCGUGUGCUGUGCAAGGGGUGCCCAGGCCCCGGAGGGAUGGCACGGACGGACGGACACCCGCAGGCACCCCGUGGCUUUUAACUUUUUAUACCAAUACCGCAACUAGUGAGAAAGUCUUCGCUGGUGCUGGUGGGACGUGGCUGAGACCCGACGACAAACGACCCUGUGAGAGCAGGAGGACUGUGCUUAACGUUACCCGCCCCGAUGGUGCAGGUUGUUUGCAUUUGAUGGGGUUUGUCAAUACAAGAGCAAAACUGCGCCAAAACCCUUCCUCCUUCACCGGGGAUCCCCUCGGGGUACCCGAACUUCUCUUUCACCCAACUCAUGUUCUUCACCCUCUGUUGGCUUUCUGUUAAGGCAUCGAUGUGAGGAGCACUCGGAGCUGUGCCAGAGGCAGGGGAGGAUGUGCUGGCGGCUGUGGGAUGGCUGGAAUAGGAUGGAACACGGCCAUGCAGCUCCUUCUGGUGCCAUGGCAGGGCUGCACUGCCUCCGGUGCACCUUAGCCUCUCGCAAACCAAACCAGGUGACCGAACGCCAAUUGCCAUCCCUAUGGCAAUGCCUCUUGCCAUACGUGCCCAGCUCUAAGCCCAAGCCCUGGCUGUGGGCACCGUGCCCCUGGGUUUGUGUCCCCCAUUGAGCUCAUCCCCCAUUGCUGCUGCUGUUGGAGCUGGGCACUGAUGCCCGGGGAUCCCUGUGCUGGGGUGGGAUGGGACAGGCUGGCCGGGAGCAGGCACUGAUGGGGUCAGUGUCUCAGCUCAGCCCCUUCCCCUCCUUCCAGGGGCAGUUUGGGGCCUGACACCCGCUCGGCUGCACAGCCUGGGUCUGAAUGUCCCCCCUUCCCUUCCCAUGGGGCAUGACCAGGGCCACCAUCAAGGCAGCGGGUUCUGCCUGCGCCCCCCUGCCCGCUGCAGCUCCGUCCAUCCUCGCUCCACUUUGCAACCCAGCAACAGCACGUGUCUGCAGCAGAGGUGCAUGAAUGUACAGAUCACCACCAACCCGAGCCCCAGAGCACUGCCUUAUGCUGGCCCACCGCUUCCGACUGCACCCGCGGAGACCUCCCCAGAGCAGAGACACCAGAUGCGUUUUCCGUCUGUUUUGGCACACUUGUAAAGGUUCUCUUUGGCUGCCAAGUGGAUGACUGACUCGUUACCUUUCCAGACCGUUACUUGCAUAGGUUAAAACUCCAAUGUGCUUUCUUUAUUUUAAUGAGAAGCCUGUAAAGCACAACGUUGCCAUAAACGCCCAUCAGCCAUCCCGGACCUGCUGCCAGCUGAAUGGUUUGGUGCCAUGAACGUUUGACUCCUGUUCCCCCAUGACACUCCCAAUAAAAGCUGUUUACAAAAGCAAACCAAAAGCGAACCACA